AUGGCAACCAUUACGCAAAAUCAACAGAGGACGGACUCCGAAAUGCAGGACAUAAGAAAUCAGAUGACUCAAAUGGCUACAACAAUCAACCGUUUGGAGUCCCAAACCCAAGGUAAAUUGCCGUCUCAGCCUGAAUUAAACCCGAAGAACGUAAGCGCAAUGACCCUAAGGAGCGGGAAGGAAAUCCAAGGACCCGACCCUGUGACUGCUAAGGACAAGGACGAGGAACGAAUCGAGAAAGAAUUGAAAGAGGAGGGCCGAGAUACCAAAAAUUCAAAGGUAAUUUCGGAUCCAAUCAUUGCAGUUAGGACUAAUCCACCUCCCUUUCCUAGUAGGUUAGAAAAAUCAAAGAAGCAGGAUAAGGAGAAAGAAGUCCUGGAGAUCUUUCGCAAGGUGGAGAUCAACAUUCCCCUACUGGAUGCGAUCAAGCAAGGAGAUGAGAGAGUGGUAGUGGGGAAAAAUGUGUCAGCAAUCCUGCAACGAAAGCUUCCACCGAAAUGCGGGGAUGCAGGACCUCUGAAAGACACUGGAAUAAUAAUCCAACUGGCUGACCGAACCAAUGCAUACCCUGACGGAUUGAUUGAGGAUGUUUUAGUGAAAAUUAAUGAAUUGGUUUUUCCUGCUGAUUUUUACGUGCUUGAUAUGGAUGAUGAACACUCUCACGACCCCUCACCUUUACUGUUAGAUAAACCCUUCUUAAGCACAGCUCGAACUAAAAUUGAUGUUAAUAAGGGCAACCUAUCUAUGGAAUUUGAUGGUGAUGUCGUUCAUUUUAAUAUUUUUGAAACCAUGAAAUAUCCUUUAGAAUCACAUGCUGGCUCUGUUUUCUCUAUAAAUGCUAUUGACCCUACUGUACGAGAAGUUUUUGAAAUUGAAGGCAGGGAUGAGUUGGAAGUCGCCUUGACCAGGCACUUCGAGUCAGAGAUGGCGUCUGGAGUAGAGUUGAGUGAAGAGCUCAAAUGUGUGAUUGGAUCGUUGCAAACGCUACCAACCACAAAAAUAAGGUAUGGUCUCGCACCCAUUUUUACACCUGAAUCUCACCAAAGGUUACUUCCAUCUGUUUUGGAGUUGAAACCGUUGCCGAAACACCUUAAAUAUGCAUACUUGGGUGAGGGGGAGACACUCCCGGUAAUCAUCUCCACGAGUUUAUCAAAAGUCUAA